AUUGCGUUCAAAGCGUGGCAGAACCACAAUCCUCCAGCUCAAGCCAUGGAGGGCACUGAGAUGUCGCAGCGAGAUGUCGCGAGAUCCGAAAACGAGAUGUCGCGAGAAAGCCGACCACUGGAGAUUCAGCAGUGGGAAGAAUUUGACAAUUACAGUCGAGAGGAGAAAUUGGAAGUGCUUCAAAAGUGGAUCAAUAUGGAUGUGCCUGCUAUCGCUGUGGCAACUGUGAAGGGUGUCGUGGAGCAGCGCCCCGUUUUGGUCUCCUUUUGGGCUCUUGGGCUGUUGAUUGCUGCCUUCGCUGGAGGUUUGCCGGUAGACCCUGUAUCACAAGAAGCACCGCUUGGCACAAGUACAGAGUUACAACCUGGAAGCAGUACGCCAGUAUGCCUUUCACUUCCUCUCCAGCUCCUUCAAAAGUACACCACGAUGCUGCAACAGGCAGAAGUCAUCGACAGUCGAGAGUUGGGUCAGCAAGCCGAAGUAGAGCUUGAGAAGGCUGAAUCUGCGUAUUAUUCAAAGAGCGGCCUUUUCAGCUGUGACGAUGCUUGCCAGAAAGCCUAUGACAAGGUGCAGAUGGCCAGAGCCGAAGUAAGACGAGUGCAAGACCACAGAGAUCGUGUGCUUUCAGAGGGUCGGCACGAAGUGGGCAUUUGGUCAUCCUAUGGUGUGCAGGAUGUUCGCAAUAGCUUUUGGAAAGCAUGGCAGUCUGGUAAGGAUUUCGCCUCUAGAUUGACCUUCUACAAUGUUCUGUUCUCCGUUGGAGCUCGUGACGAGUCUUUGUACAUCAUGAUUUUCCGUGUCAUCAUGCAGUAUGUGGUUAAUCUGACCAUGGGCCUGAUUGGUGCCUUUGGCUUCUUCUUGUACAAUAUGUACUACUUGAUACUGUCCUACGGUGCAUCUUUCUUCUCCGGCUUGGCUUUUUUCUUGCUAGCCACAGUGGCGGGAUUGUCUUUGCUUAGCACAUAUUUGUGUAGCUUGUACGCAGUCGUCGCAGGAGGUGGGGCAAUGAUUGUCCAGCAAGCAGCAAGGCAUGCUGCGCUGGAGAUGAGCAAACAGGCUCCUCUCCAAGAGCUUGACGCGAAACCAGCCAAAAAGGCACCGCCAGGAGCUACUCAGAGGCGUUGUCCAGUUUAGGGCUUGUGGCUCAGCCACAGAAUAGCUUUGCUGCUGCACACGACUAGCGGCAUUUGGAGACAGAGCUGCCAGACACAAAAAGAACCUGCCAACAAGGAUGGACGGUCCCAACGUCCAAAGUUGUUAUUUGAUUUGUUUCUGCUUCUUGACCUGCAGAGCUACAUAUUUGAAUGCAUUGCCAC